AUUUCAUCCUAGUUGGCUUUGGAAAAAUAACCAUAAAGAGAGCCUAUAUAUUUAUAAUUAUAUGUUGCACCAAGAAUUAGUUUUAGAAAAACAUGUUUAAUACAAAAACAUCUGUGGACAGUUUAAAUGUUUCCAGGAAUAAUAUUUAUAGUGUCCUUCAAGGCACUUCACACCAAAAUUUUGUACAAAAACCUGGAUUUAAAAUUUCCAGUGAACAAUUAAAUUCUCCUUUACAUAAGCUUAAUAUUAAUAACAACUCAGACAUAGAAAUGCUUGCUACCUCUGAAGCUGUGACAGCUAGUAAAAGUGCCCAACAUGAAGAAGUUGAUAAUAUAAUCAUAACUCAACCAUUCGGCGUAGGUAUUUUAUUUAAAACCAACUCAAGGGAAAAAGUGUGCGUUUACACAGGGACAGUGGAGAGAGUAAUGAACUGGCGUAAUAUAUUCCAAAAUCAAUUUUGUUACUUCAUCGUGGUCGGUGAAGUGAUCGCCCUCCAAGACGGUUCGAUUUUGACGCAAAAGAAGUUGCUCAUGAGAGAUAAAACCAGAAGUCCUAUUUUACAAGUCAUUUAUCACACUUCCACUUCAUACAUCAACAUCAACAACUUUUUCAUAGGACAAAUGCUACGGUGCGCUGGAGUAAUGAUUGGGCCGAACAUUUUCAAUGCUCACAGCAUCAGAAAUGCUACUGAUGAAGAGAUAGAAACACUACCAAGACAAUGUUGCAUCACAGACCGCUCGAUUUCACAUUUGCUUAGUAUUUAAGUUUUCAAAUUGUAUGAAAUUGUGUACGAAUCGUAGUUGAUUUUUUUGAGUUGUUCGUAUGUUGUAAUGUUAGAAAUUAUUCCAUUAGCGGUCAUGUAACUAAAUGAAUUGGUUAGAUGAUGGUAAUUUUCUAAUUUAGUUUGAAUUGCAUUCAUAAAUGUAAAUAUAGAUUUUUCUGGACCUAUCCUAAUUCGCGUUUUCAAUUGCUAAAGUGUAGGUUAGUGGAAUCUUUAAAUAAAUGCGACCUAAAUUCACAAUUUUGUUAUUGCAAAUGAACAUAAUAUUUAUUUUAAAUAUGAAUUAAAGUUUACUAAAUUAAAUUACUUAUAAAUAAAGAAUAAAUUUUAUUUCUUUUAAUCUGCUUAAUAUAUUUACAACUAAUAUCAGUAAUCACUGACAAACCACAUUAAUUAAAAUAAAUUAAAUUGCUUUUUAUUCCAAAAUGCAGGUUUAUAUUGAAAUGGAUACUUUUAAAAGGGCAUAAUUCAUUUCAAUUAAUAUUAAUAAGUAAAUUUAGAAGAUCGUGUGCUGACAAUAACAACAGGAUACACCGUUCAUUUCCAGCAUUACUUUGUUUACGAAACAA